AUGGCCACCCCCCAGAGAGAUGCUGCUUCUCCUGAAGCUGCUUCUUCUACAGCAGCAGCAGCAUCAGCAGCAUCAGCAGCACCACCCAAACGCAUCAACCGCAAAACAGCACACAAAUACAGACUCGUCCACAGAUCGCAGGAAGACCCGCUGAUUUACGACCCUGAAGCGCCCACUGAAGACUUGCUCCCCCUCCCCUCCUCCCACGUACAAACACUAAAAGACCUACAAGCCUCAGGUCUCUCCUCCGUCGUGCGCGAAAACGAAGGCGAAGCAGCGCUCUACGGCAUCACCUACGACGACUCCUCCUACGACUACAUGCAGCACUUACGCGAGAUCGGCCGCAACCAAGACGGCACCGCUGUCUUCAUCCCCGCUGCAAAGUCUUCCUCUUCAUCCACCGCGGCCGGGCGGAGAGCGCGCGGGAUCGCGUUCAAGGAUGAUAUUCAGACGUCUGCGCCUGCUGCUACUGAAGAUAUAGCAAAACAAGUGCUCGAGCUGCCGAGUGACCAGCACGUCAAGCGCACAUACCAGGACCAACAAGCCAUUCCCGACGCAAUCGCCGGUCUGCAACCGGACAUGGACCCUGAUCUCCGUGAAGUCCUCGAAGCUCUUGAGGAUGAAGCUUAUGUUGAGGAUGAUGAGGAUAUCUUCCAGGCUAUCGUUAAAGACGAUCCAAGUCUCGCCAAGUCCACCGUCGCUGACGCCUACGACGACUACAACGACGAAGAAGAAGGAGCAGGCUGGGAGAAAGAAUUCGCGAAAUUCAAAAUCUCAAAGAACAGAGCCGCCGCGGACUCCUCAGACGACGACUUUGACGAAGACGAAGACCUAGACGACCUAGGCUCGCUCGCCUCGUUCGCACAUAAGCUAGGCGUCGGCAAAAAGAGUACUCGCGGCGGCGCCCGCACGUCUACCACCGGCUUUUCAAUGUCGAGCUCGGCCAUGUUUCGCAACGAGGGACUUACCCUCAUCGACGACCGUUUCGACCAAAUCGAGAAACUCUACGCCGAGUCAGACGACGACGAGGAAGAAGAGGACGAAGAGGACGACGCACAAGAUCUAAUCAACUCGCUCUCGAUACAAAUGCAGUCCGCAGCAUUCGACGCAAUCAUGGAUGACUUUCUCGAAAACUACAAUGUCGUCGGCAAACGUCUCCUCCGCGAAGCUCCUUCCUCCUCCACCACCACCUCCUCCUCCUCUAACUCAAAACUACCACCUACUGCCGCAGCCUACGGAGUCUCGUCUGGUAUGCCGGGAGUUAGUCGGGGAAAAGUAAAUAAAUGGACCGGAAGGGGGUUGGAUCAGUUGCAAGAGAUUAAAGACGAGCUGGGAAAGCCCAGGACGCAGGAUCUAAAGAAAAGAUAUCGCUUGCGAGAUUAA